AUGCACCAGGCAGAGUACCUUCCUCCUUCAGGUACUGACAUUUCGUCGGUGCUUCAAGGCGGCUACAACCACCCGUUGGCACGUGAGUGGCAGAGUGAACGCCAGCUUACGAAACUGAUGUUCAUCUUUCCUCUUUUUGUAAGUGAUGUGGAGGAUGAAGAGAUUGAGAUUCCUAGUUUGCCGAGGAUCAAGCGCCAUGGUAUUAACAAGUUGCUUGCGUACGUGAAGCCGUUGGUGGAAAAGGGGCUUAAGGCGGUGAUUUUGUUUGGCGUGAUUUUGAAAGAUGGAGUGAAGGAUGAGGUGGGCACGGCAGCUGAUGAUCCAGAGGGACCGGUCAUUCAGGCGAUUAAGUUGUUGAAGGCGAACUUUCCGGGCUUGUAUAUCAUGUGUGACGUGUGUCUUUGUGAGUAUACGGACCACGGGCACUGUGGGAUAUUGAACGACGAUGGUUCGUUGAAAAGAGAGCCUUCGGUGUUGAGAAUCGGUGCUGUGGCUGUGAACUACGCCAAAGCAGGCGCCAACUGCGUGGCUCCGUCAGAUAUGAUGGACGGCAGAAUCAAGGAAAUCAAGUUGGGGCUUAUCCAGGCGAAACUCGAGAAUAAGGUGCUUGUGAUGUCGUACCUGGCCAAGUUCUCUGGCUCGCUUUAUGGUCCGUUUAGGGAUAUUGCCGGAAGUGCUCCUUCUCAUGGCGAUAGAAAGUCGUACCAGUUGCCUUCUGGCGGCUCUGGUUUGGCCAGAAGAGCGUUGGUUCGUGAUAUCGAUGAAGGUGCAGAUGCGUUUAUCGUCAAACCAUCCACCUUCUACCUUGAUAUCGUCAACGAGGCGCUGAAAAUUUGCAAGGACUACCCUCUUUGCGUUUAUCAGGUCAGUGGAGAGUAUGCCAUGUUGCACGCUGCUGCCGAUAAGGGUAUUGCUGAUUUGAAGGCUAUUGCGUUCGAGUCUCACCAGGGUUUCUUGCGUGCUGGUGCCCGUUUGUUUAUCAGUUACUUUACUCCAGAGUUUUUGGAAUGGUUGAGUUAA